UUCUGAACAUUGUUUUUCAGUCUAAACACAUUCCAGCAAACAUGCCUUCAGAACUGGAAAACUGCAUGGAAGGACUCAUCAAGGUGUUCCACCGUUACGCCAAGGACGGUUCGCUCACCCGGCAAAACCUCAGACAGCUAAUGGAGGCUGAGCUUUCCAGCUUCCUUAAGUGUCAAAAAGAUCCUGCUGCUGUAGACAAGAUCAUGAAAGACUUGGACGCCAACGGUGAUGGUCUUGUGAACUUUGAGGAGUUUGUUUCUCUGGUUGUUGGACUGUCUGUUGCCUGUGAGCAGUGCUAUCAGCUGGAAAUGAAAAAGGCUGGAAAGAAGUAGGAAGUACAACAGUGGAAGAGAAGCGACCAAAAAGCAUUGCUUUUUGUUUUCUUUUGCUUUUUUUGUAAAGUUUUGUUCAUUAAAAGGGCUGAAUCAUUUUAAA